AUGAUGUUCGUCUGCCAGGUGGCGUACGUCGGCUGGUCGGCGACGCUCGCCGUCGGCUACAUGUGCGUGUCGCUUCACGGCGGCCGCACGCAGACGCGCGACGACGACGCGCGCGAUGGCGACCUUCGGCCAGCGCUUGACCGACGCGACGCCCGAGAUGGUCAGAUCGGUGAGGCUCGCUCGCCGCACCUCUUUCUCGUCGUCGCGCUGCUCGCCGCGUCGCUCGGCGUCGUCUGCGCGGCGCUGCAGGCGUUCGCCGUCGUCGUCGUCUACGGCGUUCGCUCGCCGACGCCGCCCGCCGCCUGGCCGUGGUGGGGCUACCAGCUCGGCUUCCGUGCCUGCGAGCUGGCGAUGGCGUCGACAAUCAGCUACGUCGCCACGCGGCCGCUCUACCGACGCAAGCGCGCCCCCUGCUGCGGAGCCAGUGCCGCCCUCUGCCGACCGUGGCGACGCAAACCGAAGGCGGCGCCUGGCGGCGACAGCAGUCCGUUCUGGGUGGAGAGCAGCGCGGGGCGCCACCUGGUGGACAGCUUUUACGGCGAGAAGCUGCGACGACCCGAGGAGGACCGGCUGCCGCUGCGAGCGAUGGAGGCGCCCCCUGGUGGCGGCACGCCGGCUCGCGCGCUGCGGCCGACGUCGGACACGUCGGAGAAAUCGCGGUCGUCGCGGUCGUCGCGCGAGAAGGCGUCGCGGCCGACGUCCAUGAUCGUCAGCGACAACGGCUUUAUCCGCUUCCGCAAGGACACGAUGGAUAUCGGAGAGGGCAUUGAGAUGACGGACGAGGAACAGACGGACCUGGAUUCCAGCACGCCAACGAGCCCCUACCGCGGCUGCGACGACAACACCGUCGGCUGGACCACCCCCGCCGCCGGCGGCAGCUACACCUACCGGCAGGUCCCCGAAGCUGACCGCUGGGAGUCCCCGCCGCUGGUCGAGGGAGAGGAUGAGGAAGAGGAGGAUGAGGGAGAGGGGGACUUCGCGGGGUUUCGGCCUCCGUCGAGCAUUAAUUUGAACGCGAGCAUAGAGGAGGAGCUCAACCAGCGGCUACUGCGCGAGUACAACCGCAUACGCGGUUUCUCGAGCUUCCGGCGCGCGCCGUCCAUGGUCACGGUGUCGCCUCCCGGCGACGACGACGACGACGACGACGACGACAACGGGGACGACCGUCACGCUGCCUCGAUGGUAGAUCUCGACGCGAACGUCGCCGACAGGGGGCGCUGCGGCGGCGACAACCGCUCGUGCGUCUCGCUGCGGGAGCGCGCGGCGGCGGCGCCGGGGGUCAUGGUGAGGUCAAACAGCGACGUGCCGAUCCGGCAUGCCGCGGCGACGUCGGCGGCGACGUCGUGGGAGAGGUAUCUGCCGCUGCUGGCGGCCGGACACGCGGCGACGACGUCGGCAGAGAGACGUCGGCUGGGCAGCCAGAUCUCAGCCCGAGGGAUACCCGUGCCAGUUCCGACGAUAUGCAUCACAGACGAAACCAGAUGUUACCUCGUGCUGCCACCUGUAGGACUAGAACUCGAUGAUCAGUGA